CACCUGGCUCUUUUUUUUUUUGAGACAGGAUCUCCCUGUGAAACCCAGGCUGACCUUCAGCUCACCACACAGCCCAGGGUGGCUUUGAACUUAGCAUCCUGCUGCUCCAGCCUCCUCAGGGUGCUGGAAUUACGGGCACUGGCCAUCAUAACUGGCUGCCUUUCACAUCUUUGUAUUUUAAGCACGUUUAUCAUACAUUCUGUCAGACACAUCUAGCAUCCGGUUAACCAGCACCCUGUGUGCCUUCCACCGCCGCGCCCCUAGGUGAUUUCCUGGCUUUGGGUGUUGGGGUGGGUGAGUCCCCCACAUGGCAUCUCUUUGGCUUUGCCAGCCACCCAGUGGUACCCACCUGUGCCCCUCUCUCUGGGGUUCUCAGCUCAGGGACUCUGUCCCCACAUGGCCACCGGAGCCCACACCCUCAGUGCUGGCGUUAGCAUCCAGGCCCUGUUUUCUGUCCCCCACAGAUGUCUGGGGUUCUGCUCACGCCUUGCCAAGCUGAGGACUGAUUUAUCAGCAUUGCAAAGCAUUCUUUAGGAAGGGUGUUUCAAGGUCCCGGGCAGUAAUGUAGCCAAGAAUGGAACCAGGCUGCAGCCCCGCUGUGAACCUGGGUGCCAAGCGAUGGGGCUGGGAGCCGGAUGCAGGCUUUCCUGCUGCCGGGCUGGAAACCUUGGUGGGAAAGUUCCCUGUCCAGGAGCAUGUGUGUGCCGAGCAGGGAUGCCGGAGAUGUCAGGCUAAUUCCUAGGAAUGUCCCUGCUGGACCUCUCUGGGGGCUGGAAGGCAGCUCUCGUGCCUGGCCCUGGAGGCUCAGCCCCUGCUGUGCCCGACGUGGACCGCAGUCUAGCCUCUGUACCAGGAAGACGAGCAGCAUGGCCAAGGGUCAGGAACAGGGUUCAAAGCCCAGGCCUGUUUGGUAAAUCUGGGUGACUGCAGGCAAGUGACUUUCCAGGGUAAUCUGUUUUGUUUUUGUUUUGGGUGUUUGUAUCAGGAUUUGAACUCAGGACCUUGCACUGGUGUUCCAUCACUGGCCCCAGAGUGAUCUGAGUAAGUAUAGGCCAGUAACCACCACUUGUGUCCCCUGAGGACAGAGUUUAUGGUCUUCCAGGGUGGACUGUGGCCACCCUUCUUGGCUGUCCUGGGUGAAGGUUUCUUGGGACAGAUGACCUCCUGUGUGCAUAGGGUCGGAUCCCUGCUUAAAGUCACAGCAGGCAAGCACUCCUCGGCCUCAGAAGCUCUUGGACCCAGGGCAGGGGUGCACACCUGGGGUCCCCGCAGCUCAGGAGGCCAAGACAGGAGGAUCUGGAGUUUGAUGCUGUCCCAAGGCAAAAGGGUUGGGAUGCCUGGCUUAGCGACAGAGUGUUUACCUGCCAUGUAUGAUCCCUGGUGUUACAAAAACCAACCUAUGCCAGGCUUGGUGCCUUAUGCUUUUAAUUAUAGCACUCAGGAAGCUGAGGCAGGGGGACUGCCACAAAUUUGAGGCCAGUCUAAACCAGGUAACAAGACCCUAACUCAAAAAAUGAAACAUUCAUGCCAUAGUACGUGUUAAAAAAAAAAAAAAUGAAGCAUAUUGGGGGCUGGGGAUUUAGCUCAGCGGCAUAAGCACCUGCCUUGCAAGCAGACAGUCGUGAGUUCGAUCCUCGGUACCGAUAAAAACCAAAACAACAAAACAAAAAUAUAUCUAAAAAAUGAAGCAUAUAUAUGCACACAAUCCCAAUCAAGUUUGAAGCCAGCCCGAGUAAUUUAAAACCUUGUCUAAUAAUAACAAGGAACAGGGGGGCUGGGGAUACAGCUCAGAGGCAUAAGCACCUUCCUGGCAAGCACAAGGUCCUGAGUUCGAUUCUUGGAACCAAAAACCAUAAUGGGACGCGAAUGGGGUCAGUGGUGAGCGUCUGCCAUGCAUGCCCAAGGUCCUGGGUUCCAUCCCCAGUGUGGGCAGCUUCUCAGUGCAGAGACUGAACUAAACCCCAGAUGUUCCCCAGAUCACACCAGGUCACAGUUGCAUCUCACCUCCACCUGCCAGUGGCUCCAUCUCGCACACGAUGGGUCUCGGCCUCCCUUCAGGCCCUGGUACUCAGACCCUGGAAGAAGCCUCAGCCAAGGAGCGCUGAGCUGGCCUCCGAGCCACAGCGUCCCUGGCCCCCUGGCCCAGCACCUGGCCGUCCCCAGCCUCUCCCUCUUCCUGUUUUGAUGCUGGCUCAGCCAAGCCCGGAGACGGGCAUGAUGGCUUAAUCCCCGCUGCCUCCCUACCUGCCAAGCCGCCCUUCCCAGCACCUGCCCCACCCAGCACCCACAGGGGCACUUGGGCCCUGCUCCUGCCGUCAUGGACUGGGAUCCCUCCAGACAGCAGGUGGGGUGGGGACACCGGUGAUCCAUCCAGGCUUGGCCUUGGCAGCCCAGAUGACUCGUAAAUCAGGGGGUGUCAGAAAAGGGUCUGUGGAAUGUCUGGACGGGGUGCGGUGGGACAAGCCCUUAACCCUUAAAGGAUGGGGUGUGAAGCAGGAGGAGCCCAUCCUUGGACCUGAGAGCCAGGGACAACCACACAGGGUCAGGACACGCUCUCCCUGCCUGUGGGACCCAGCAGUGACAAGUCAGUGCUCCCCCUGCCCCUCCGCCCCCGGCAGGGGAUAAAUUCAGGGCUCCAACUUCCUCAGCCUCAGGACCCUCCUGCCACCAUGGCCACUGGGAGAGUCCUGCUGGCUUCGCUGCUGCUUCUGUCACUGCAGCUGGGCCGCGGCAGGGGCCCCGAUGCCCAAGACGCUCUGGUGGCAGAGGGAGAGUUCUCGCCUGAGCAGAAGGCAGAGGCUGCAGGGAUCUGGAGGCCACCGCUGGAGACCCACCACCCCCACAUCCGCCUGCGCAGAGCCCCUGGCAGCCCGUGCCAGCUGUGGAGCCUGACGCUGCCCGUGGCAGAGCUAGGACUGGGCUACACCUCGGAGGAGAAGGUUACCUUCCGCUACUGCGCCGGCAGCUGCCCCCGUGGUGCCCGCACCCAGCACGGCCUGACGCUGGCCCGACUGCGGGGCCAGGGUCAAGCGCACGGUGGACCCUGCUGCCGGCCCACCCGCUACGCUGACGUGGCCUUCCUGGACGACCGUCACCGCUGGCAGCGGCUGCCCCAGCUCUCGGCCGCUGCCUGUGGCUGUGGUGGCUGAGGGUGCCCAGCCCGGUGCCCUGCAGCCGUAUGCACCCAACAGCUAUAGCACUCCCAGGGCUUGGCUGGCUUAUUUAUGGGAGCCUGGGUGCAAGAGGCCAAGAUGGGGAAGGGGGCUGGACGCCAUCCGUGCACACAAUAAAGAACUGCUUU